UCUCAAUUGAGCAAAUUUAGUUCUAGUUACCUUCCUUUCAUAAUUAUUUAUCUUUUAUCUUAAAACUUCUAUUUAUUUUAAGGAAAAAUUAAUCAUGGGUGUUACUACUUUUACACAAGAUAUUGCAACACUAGUUGAUCCAGCUUGGAUUUUCAAUGCUUUGGUUCUUGAUGCAGACAACCUUUUACCAAAGUUGAUGUCACAAGCUGUAAAAAAUAUUGAGACUGUUGGAGGUGAUGAUGGUGAUGGAUGCAUCAAGAAGAUGAACUUCGUUGAAGGAUAUCCGAUAAAGUACUUGAAACACAAGAUCCAUGUCAUUGACGACAAGAACAUGAUAAUCAAAUAUUCAUUAAUCGAAGGAGAAGUUCUUGGAGAAAAUUUGGAACACAUUUCCUAUGAUGUUAGAUUUGAAGGAUCUGAAAAUGGAGGAUGCGUUUGCAAGACUAUAAGUGAAUACCACACAAAUGGUGAUUUUAUAGUGAAGGAAGAACAAAUCAAAGAAGGCAAAGAGAAAGAUGUUGAACUUGUCAAGGUUGUUGAAGCAUAUCUCAUUGCUAAUCCUACUGCAUAUGUUUAAUAGUUUUAUCAAUUCUUCAAGAGUUCCAAGUUUAAUUUUGGCAUUUUGGAUUUGAAUUUGAGUAAUUUGUGUUGUGUUUUAACUUAUAAUAUAUACAUCAUGAGAUUAUAUUAUAAAGAUUUUUUAUACUA